CCCAGUUACCUGUCGGCGGGCAUGUGCGGCCCAGAGCUGUGGACGCGGGGUCACUGGGGUGGGCGGGAGAUUGUAAAGAGAGUUUCGGAACAAGUCAGAAGCACAUCACAGCCCGGGAUUCCGUGCGGAAGCUGCUGCGGAAUGAAGCGGUAGCGGUGGACCGGCGCUUUUUCAUUCAUGAGUCUUAGUAAAUGACGAGCAAGGCAAGAUGCGGAGGCUGGGAGGUCACAGCGGGAGGUUUCGGUGAAACCUGGUUGGGAAAGAGCGAGCGCCGGGAGUCGCGCCCGCGGAGGCAGCUCAGUUUAGCCCGACUUUUGUUUCGGGUAGUUGAGAGGAGCUGCACAGACGUAAUUGCACUGUCCUUCCGGCGUUGACAAUUCGCCCCGACCGCCUAGGGAAAAGCGAGCUUAAUGGACUCCAGGAGUGAUGCUAGGUGGAGUCUGCAGCACGUGAAAAGUUGCCAGUUUUUAUGGUAUUAAAAGACAAACAACCCCCCCAAAAAACAACCAGAAGUCAUGCUAAAAAGAUAAGGUCUUAAAAUUAAGAGCGCUGAGUUGAUUCCUGAGAGGCAGACAAUUAGGUUUCGUGGAAAUGUAGCAUCUACCGAGGCUACCUGUUUCACACUUUUCGGUUUCCCGCCCCGCCCCCCCAGCUGCUUGUCAGUGUUAGGAAAGAACCAUGUAAUCUUUGCUGUGGAAUGAUUACAUAAUUGGAGGAGAGGCCGAUACGAGGAUUAAAACUGUUCUAUUGUAAAUGUUUUGAAAAACCCAGUUUCUGUUCAUUAUCCUCAUUCUUACUUUGUUCUUGCAGUUGUGUUUUUGUUUUUUAAAUAGUGAAUGACAAGGAGAAAAGAGGCAGAAUAGAUUUGGAGACCAAUCAUAGUUAUCUUAUGAUGAAGCUUUUGCUAUGGCUAAUGACCCCCUGGAAGGCUUCCAUGAAGUAAACCUUGCUUCACCUACUUCUCCAGACCUUCUUGGUGUGUAUGAAUCAGGAACUCAGGAGAAGACUACCUCACCAAGUGUCAUCUACCGGCCACAUCCUUCAGCUUUAUGCUCUGCCCCUGUCCAGGCUAAUGCAUUAGAUGUUUCUGACCUUCCUACACAACCUGUGUAUUCAUCCCCUAGGCGUUUAAAUUGUGCAGAAAUAUCUAGUAUCAGCGUCCAUGUUACAGACCCAGCACCCUGUUCUACCUCUGGAGCCACAGCUGGAUUAACUAAAUUAACUACGAGAAAGGACAACUGUAAUGCAGAGAGGGAAUUUUUACAAGGUGCUACUAUAACGGAGGCUUGUGAUGGCAGUGAUGAUAUUUUUGGGUUGAGUACUGAUAGUCUGUCCCGUUUACGAAGCCCAUCUGUUUUGGAAGUCAGAGAAAAGGGGUAUGAAAGAUUAAAAGAAGAACUCGCAAAAGCUCAGAGGGAACUGAAGUUAAAAGAUGAAGAAUGUGAGAGGCUUUCUAAAGUACGAGAUCAACUUGGACAGGAAUUGGAAGAACUCACAGCUAGUCUAUUUGAGGAAGCUCAUAAGAUGGUGAGAGAAGCAAAUGUCAAGCAGGCAACAGCAGAAAAACAGCUAAAGGAAGCACAAGGAAAAAUUGAUGUACUUCAGGCUGAAGUAGCUGCAUUGAAGACACUUGUAUUGUCCAGUUCGCCAACAUCACCUACUCGAGAGCCCCUGCCAGGUGGAAAGACACCUUUUAAGAAGGGGCAUUCAAGAAAUAAAAGUACAAGCAGUGCUAUGAGUGGCAGUCAUCAGGACCUCAGUGUGAUACAGCCCAUUGUAAAAGACUGCAAAGAGGCUGAAUUGUCUCUGUAUAAUGAAUUCAGAUCUUGGAAGGAUGAUCCCACAAUGGACAGAACUUGCCCUUUCUUAGACAAAAUCUACCAGGAAGAUAUCUUUCCAUGUUUAACAUUCUCAAAAAGUGAGUUGGCUUCAGCUGUUCUGGAAGCUGUGGAAAACAAUACUCUAAGCAUUGAACCAGUGGGGUUACAACCUAUUCGAUUCGUGAAGGCUUCUGCAGUUGAAUGUGGAGGACCAAAAAAAUGUGCUCUCACUGGCCAGAGUAAGUCUUGUAAACACAGAAUUAAAUUAGGAGACUCGAGCAACUAUUAUUACAUUUCUCCUUUUUGCAGAUACAGGAUCACUUCUGUGUGUAACUUUUUUACAUACAUUCGAUAUAUUCAGCAGGGACUUGUGAAACAGCAGGAUGUUGAUCAGAUGUUUUGGGAAGUUAUGCAGUUGAGAAAAGAGAUGUCAUUGGCAAAGCUGGGAUAUUUCAAAGAGGAACUCUGAUGCUCUCUCUGCCUGGCAGCAUGCAUGAACCUCCCUGAAUAACUGGAAAAUGGCUGAAUAUUUUUAUGGUUACUUGAUAUUUAUUUCUAAGAAGUGGGCCUAAGACUUUUUCACUUUUUUGCAAAUGACACUAAGAAGUACUGUGAUUUGUUUUAAACUGACCUAUGCUGUGUUUGCUUAUUCUUUAGUUGAGCACACUAUAAGGAAGAAUUACAGGUGUACUAGUGAUUGUAAUUUAUAGUUGCAAAACAAAAAAAAAAACAAGCUAAAUAAAUACUUGUUAGAUUGAA